AUGGCACUCCACAGAGAUACCAAUGCAUCACAACAACUCAACUCUGCUACCAUCACGGAAUUGGAAAGGGACCUGGAAAUGGUUGAUAUAAAGUUAAAAAUUGCUGAGUUGACGAAAAGGAUAGACAAACAACCGCAGGACCAUGAUGAUCUAAAUUGCCAGCGGGCGAAACUUUACAACAAGGCAGCAAAGAAGCACCGAGACAAUCUCUUCACAGAGGCACCAAUACACGGCAGGGCGUAUUUGCAGGAUUUGAUUAAUCUCUGCACCUCAGAGAAGGGGUUGUACGGUCGGAAUACCGAUCUUAAUCUAGUAAACCCGUACAAGGCCGUUCGAAACAUAUCUUACGCAAGAAGUUUGCAGGAAGUUAGCAGACCCAUCCUAGUUGGGAUUAGCGGACACUUCGCAGUACCAUGGGAAAAUGUUUCUCCGCCUAGAGAAUCACGUUUCGGGCUAUAUAGCCUGGUUGUCAAUUUCAAGCAUGGCAUGCUCAAUGCUUCUUCUGUUGAUAGCUUGUCUGCCGUUGCUCACAUUGCAAUGCCUUGCUACAAAGAGCGCAAAGCUAGCCAAGGUGACUUGCUUCGUCAAAACCCUGAAGAAUCUUCGCGGAUUUUCCCUCACUCACAGAGCACGUGGCGUUCCUUGCUCUCCAUCGGCCAGGCCACAAGUCAUUUUCCUGAUUCCUGCAGCAAUAUCAGAGCUCUUCUACACAAGACUCCUGCUAUACCGGAUAGUUCUAGUGUUACUGAAACGGUCAAGGAUGGCCGCCUAUUCUUAGAAGGCUGCUCACAGUGGAAGAUCCGUUCGAUGUCUGACUGCGAACUUACUUCGAAGUUGAAGAGGUCGUGCCCCCAGACAGUAAUCAUCGGGGAACUCCAACCAACAUUCUGCAAGCUUUCAGAUACAUUUCUUCCGAGGCGGACUGGGCUCGACACCACGUCAGAUGCUUUGCCAACGGGAAACUAUCUUUACAUAAAUGAAGCAGAUAAAUUAUCCUACACCGACAAUAAAGCUACCUUAAGGUCGAUAGAAUCACCUGCGCCUGAGCAUGGAUUUUUGAUCCCUGUUGGUGAUGCCGAUGAGCGGGAGUUACAAUGGUGGGCCGCAAUCCUUGCGAAAGGGCGCGGAUGGCGAGCAGCUUUGAACCGAAGCGAUAGGGAGAACUCCUCUCCUUGGGCCUGCCACUUGAGUGAUGACAGAUCGCUCGCUAUCCUGCAUAAUGGCCCAGAAUUCACCCCGGCUUGCUCUCUUGAACCACCAUCUUCCAUGCGAGCUCAAUGCUACCUUCUCCGCCUUGCUCAAAUGCAUGAUGCAGUUGAGCACCUGAUUGCUGCUUUUGCAGCUGCCCUCACACAUACCAAGACACCAGAGAUUUGGGGCCCCUGUCAAUCUCCCUGA